AUGCUUGUUCCAUUGAGGCAAAAACCGCCCAGCGAUCAGCAUGGGCCCGAGCUUGAUCUUGUUGGGCAAGUUCAGAGGCCUCGUCAGGAUGAAUCCUCAAUUACAUUCGCAAAGAAGCAAGCAUCCGGCAAGCGAUCGAAACGGUGGGCCGCCAAGACCAAGACUGGGUGUCUGACUUGUCGUGAGAGACGGGUGAAAUGUGACGAACAAAAACCGUUUUGCCGAAAAUGCACAAAUUUCGGACGAGAAUGCAGAGGCUACCAGCUGUCCAAGGACAUGAUUGCCGUGGACUUUUCCAUUCCCAGAGCUCCCGAUCACGAGUCGCUUAAAUUGGCCGAUGCUCUUUUAUACUUUGCAUUGAGAAUACAGCCCAAGGUCAUCAGACAAGAGAAAGGCUCCGGUGCUUUCCAGUCGACUAGGCCGUCUGUGAAAGCACACAUGGUCAUCUUUCCUGAUGCGUUCAUCAUGAGAACCAUCAACCAUAACAUCGUCACGAUAACGCAGCAAAAUCGCGCUCUUCCCAGAUAUGGUGCUUUGCCUUCGAUCAACUAUUUGUGGAAGCAACUGUAUGAGUAUGUCGCCUCGACGAUGAGAGAGCUCAACCACCUGAUAAAUACGGGCGAUGAUGUCGACAUGAUUUUACAUUAUAUUCUGUCCAUUUUUGCCAUCGAAGGAACCAUCGUCGACUCAGUCUGGAAAGUUCACGUGGAAGGCUUCGCCUCUCUCGUACAAUUUUACGGAGGUGUCGAAAAACUGGUAAAAACUCCAAUGACGGCAAUGGCCAUUCGGCACAUGUUCAUUUACGCCACGGUCGCCAACACAACAAGUCCCACGAAUGAUCAAGUCAUGGGCUUCGACAUGCUCACCACGGAGGAAGUCAUGUUGGUCUACUCUCACUCGGGAUUCUCUAGUUUCCCGUGUGCGACUGUGAUGUUUUUGGACAUGAUGCAAAUAACGCGCUUGCGUCAGCGCUGCGCCCGAAAACCACAGGCCGUUGAGGAUCUUGUGUCCGAGGCGCGCAGUGUCUUUCGCCAGAUACAAGAUUUCAGGACCUCCGACUGGAAAGAGACAUAUCCACGCUCGGACGACUCUAUAUUGCUUGCAGAGACUUUCAAGGCAGCUGUUAUUCUGUACGGUCUGCUUUCACUGCCCCGGCUCCUUUCGUCACAGUGCAGCAGCCCGGAUGACGACAUUACAGAAAGUCCCCGUCUGUAUUAUCGCACUCUUCUGUUCAAUCUUGUUGUGGCGGGAAUGACGACAGUGGAGCGAAAUGAGUGCUUCACUUGGCCGAUAGCCGUUCUAGGCGCCGCCUUUCACGAUGGUGCACCGAUGGUGCAAAACACCCUCCUCCAAUAUCUGGACGGGAUUAUUAUGAGGCCUGGUGUAGAUUGCGGUGCCGUCACUCUGACGUCGAGACUACGCGAGUUCUGGGAGUCGGGCAAAAGUACAUGGGAGGGGUGUUUUUACAAGUCCACGUCUGUUUUGGCUUAG